GACAGCGGCGUAAAAGUUUCAGUUACAAAGUUAAACAAACAGGCUGCGGAGGAGCUCAGUGAAAGGAGGAUGUCCCCUACACCGGUACAGCAGCUGGGCAACAAACCUCCAGAUGGAGGCUGGGGCUGGAUGGUGGUAUUUGGGGCCCAUAUUUCCAUAGGAUUUGCUUACUCUACACCCAAAGCCCUGUCCAUCUUCUUCAAGGAGAUCCAAAAGGACUUAUUGGUCAGCUACAGCGACAUAGCAUGGAUUUCCUCUAUCAUGCUCGCUGCAAUGUAUGCAGGCGGACCUGUGAGCAGUGCGUUGGUCAACCGCUUUGGAAGUCGCCCCGUCGUCAUGUUGGGUGGACUGAUGUGUGGUGUUUCCAUGGUAACCGCUUCUUUUGGGGACUCCAUCAUUUACCUGUACUUCUGCAUUGGUGUCAUUGGAGGGUUCGGCCUCUCCUUUAACCUCAACGCAUCUCUGACUAUCAUCAGUAAAUAUUUUCUGGCCAGGCGUCCUCUGGCCAAUGGGCUGGCCAUGGCUGGGAGCCCAGUGUUCCUGUGCUUCCUCGCGCCUCUGAACCAGUAUCUACAGGAUAAGUACGGCUGGAGGGGAAGUCUGCUCAUCCUUGGGGCUUUGAUGCUUAACUGUUGUGUAGCUGGGGCCCUGAUGAGACCUGUUAGGAUGACUUUAAAACAGUCUUAUCCACCACAGAAGAAAUUAGAGGAGCAGCCUGAUAAACACAUCACCAGGAUUAAAGGAACGUGUAUGGAGAAUGCUAAGAAGUUCUUGGAUUUGACCUUCUUUAAGGAUCGAGGGUUCGUCAUCUACCUCAUAGGGAACAUAAUGUUCAUCUUUGGCGCCUAUGCUCCUAUCGUGUUCCUGUCAGCCUACGCUGUGAGUCGAGGUGUAGAGGAGUACUCCGCGGCCUACCUGCUCUCCAUUAUGGGCUUUGUGGACAUGUUUGUUCGGCCCGGUACCGGCCUCAUAGCCAACAGUAAGUGGAUCAGGCCCAGAGUCCAGUACUUCUUCAGCUUUGCCAUGGUUUUCAACGGCACAUGUCACUUACUGUGUCCACUCACCACAAGCUACGCCUUGCUGGUGGUUUAUGCCAUAUUUUUUGGCGUGGGCUUCGGUAUGGUGUUCGCCCUGAUCUUCGAGUGCCUGAUGGACCUGAUGGGAAAUCAACGCUUCCCCAGUGCGGUCGGACUGGUCACCAUCAUAGAGUGCUUCCCCAUGCUGCUGGGACCGCCCGCUGCAGGUUUACUGGUGGAUGUCUACGGUGACUACAAGUAUCUGUUCUUCAUGUGUGGUGCAGUUAUUGUGACUGGUGGCCUGUUUCUCUUUGUUAUGAACAUCUACAACUAUCACAUGCUGGGAAAAGAGAAGGCCGCGAUGGACACGGAGCAGAAGCAAAACAACAUAGAUAACCAGGAGCAGGUGAGCAUCUCUGAGGAAGAGAUGCAACAGAUCCCCGAGGCAGCAAUGGAAAGAACUAACCCUGAGGCUUAAAGUGAGUCCAGAGAGACCUAAGAACCAUUUAAAGUCAUGUGAACACUACCUGACUCCUCUCUUUCACAUGCAUAUUAAGAGCGCAUUAUAUGCGCGACUUAAAGCAUAGCUCAUUUAAUCCAUUAAUAUUCUAUUAGGACAAUAAAACAUUAAUUAGCCAUUUACAGCAUUGGCUCACAUUUUUGCAAGUCUUUCCUAAUGAUAUACACACUAUAACAUCUCAUUUGAGUAUGUUUUUUUUGCCCAAAUUACUUCCAUUUUAUUUCAUUCUUCAUACCUCUUAUUAGUGGCACAUUAAUAAAAAUGUCAUUUUUUAUUAAAAGACUCGAAAUUAAAAAGCUAAUUUGAGUCAUCUUAGCUUUGGUUAAUCCUUAUUUACAUUAUAAAUGGAUUUUUUACAGUCAGUGUCGAUUAGAAGAGUAAUGGAAUAAGUGAACAAAUAACUCUUUCUAUGCACGUAGUGGCAUGGGUAAGGUUUCAAGAAAGGCUAGAAAAAUGUGAACAUUGCAUUAAAAUUAUUCAUAUUUAUUCAAUGAUUUAGCCAUGAAGUUUGUUUGGCUGCCCCCUAAAGGCAGAUUGGAGGCUUGUCCAGUAUAUCAUUAGCCUCAUAGUAUGAUUGCCCAAGUCAUAUUUUUUCCAGCCAGUGAUGAAAAAUGAAGCAGCAGUGUUAGGAGAGUAAAGUUAUGCACAUAUCACAAUUUGGCCCAAAAAAAAAAAAAAAGACAUUUUUUUUAGACAUUUAUACUAUGAGGCUAACUAUACGGAUAUUACAUUGAUGUCAAGAUGACACUGUUUGGUACACAGAGAAGUCCCACCCCUUUUGGUUAUAUCCCAUGAAAUCUUAUUUUGGGAAAAAAAGUUAUAUUGCAGUCAAAGGUGAGAGAGAACAGAUUUUUGAUCCUGUUUUAAGUAUGUCAUUUUUUUUUUAACAGAUAUGAUAUUUGUUAAUUUAAAAGAUAAUUUUAUAAGCCAAAGCCACACUUCCUGGUCAAACUGUUGAAUUAUCGUCCAUCAAUUCAUUUUCUGAACUGACAAUCCCCAUGAGGGUUGUGGGGGUGUUAUC